UUGUGGAUAAUCACUGAAAGAGAGAUUUUCACCCGAAAUAAUCUCCUCCAGCUUCUUUAUAUGAAUGAUGAUUCAGAGUUUGUCAUUGGAGUCUAAGAGUGGUCUGUUUUGAGGAAUAUUAUCAGACUGUGCAGCGUCACAGAGGAAAAGGCGGAUUGAACAAUGAAUCGGCAAGUACUGUUUAUCUGUCUCCAUGUUCUCCACUCGGUGGUCGGUCAGAUCAGCUACACGAUUCCAGAGGAAAUGACCAAAGGAUCUCUGGUGGGAAAUAUAGCACAAGAUCUGGGUUUGGAGAUAAAGCGUUUGAUAUCGGGUAAAGCUAAAAUCUAUACGAGGAAAACCGACGAGUACAUCGAGCUGAACAGAGAAAGAGGAGUCCUCCUCGUCAAAGAAAGAAUCGACAGGGAGGCGCUGUGUACAGAGACGACGCUUUGUGCUUUACAUUUUCAGAUACUUUUAGAGAAUCCGAUGGAAUUUUACCGUGUUACAGUCCAGAUCACAGAUGUCAAUGAUAAUGCACCGACAUUUGAACAAAGAGAAAUGCAAUUCAAAAUUAGCGAAGCAGCGAUUACGGGGGCAAAAUUUGAGCUGGAAAGGGCUGUGGAUCUUGAUGUAGGAAUUAAUGGAGUUCAUAAAUACGAAUUAAAACCAACAGAUAAUUUUGCUCUCAAAGUACACAAUAACCCGGAUGGAAACAAAAAUGUUGAGAUGGUGCUACAGAAACCUUUAGACAGAGAGAAGCAGGAGCAGAUAUAUCUGGUGUUAACAGCUGUAGAUGGAGGAGAGCCGCAGAUGUCAGGAACAAUGCUGAUUGUUAUCACAGUUUUAGACGCUAAUGAUAACGCACCUGUUUUUACACAGUCUACAUACAAGGCUACAGUUACUGAGAAUUCACCUAAAGGAACAGUUGUGGCCACUGUUACUGCCACAGAUGCAGAUCAAGGUUCUAACGGUAAAAUAACAUAUUCAAUUAUAAACACGUUGGAAAACAUAAGGAAAAUGUUUGAGGUAAAUCAGGAAAAGGGGGAAAUUAUCUUAAUGACAAAUAUUGACUUCGAGAAGUCAAGAAACUUCCAAAUAAAUCUGCGUGCUACUGACGAUGGAGGAUUCACCGAUUCAUGCAAAUUAAUUGUCGAUGUACAAGAUGUAAAUGACAACAACCCGGAAAUUAAUAUCAUGUCAAAAUCAAACGUUAUUUCAGAGGAUGCCAAAGUAAAUACAGUCGUUACUAUGAUAAACAUUGAGGAUAGGGAUUCUGGAGAAAAUGGCAAAGUUCAAUGUUUUAUCAACGAAAACGUGCCAUUCGUUUUGCAAACAUCAACUAAUAAUUUCUAUAGUUUAGUAACAGACAGUGAAUUAGACAGAGAGAGAGCCUCAGAGUAUAAUAUAACAGUGACGUGCUCUGAUGAGGGAGUGCCCUCCCUCUCCAGCAGCGUCACUCUCACCUUACAGAUCUCUGAUGUGAAUGACAACGCGCCUGUCUUUGAGAGGAGCUCAUAUGAGGCCUACAUUGUAGAAAACAACACACCAGGUCUCUCUGUAUUCACAGUGAAAGCCAGAGACGCUGACUGGAACCAGAAUGCCCGUGUUUCUUACAUACUGGAGGACUCCUCUGUUAACGGAGUGCCAGUCUCCUCAUAUGUGUCCGUUAGUGCUGAUAGUGGAGUCAUACAUGCAGUGCGCUCUUUUGACUACGAGCAGAUCAAAGAUUUCCACUUCUGCGUCAAAGCUCAGGAUGGAGGUUCUCCUCCACUCAGUAGUAAUGUGACUGUGAAGAUACUGAUCCAGGAUCAGAACGACAACCCCCCUCAGGUUCUGUACCCAGUCCAGACUGGUGGCUCUGUGGUGGGUGAGAUGGUGCCUCGUUCAGCAGAUGUGGGCUAUCUGGUCUCUAAAGUGGUGGCUGUUGAUGUGGACUCUGGACAGAAUGCCUGGCUCUCCUAUAAACUCCAGAAAGCCACAGACAGGGCGCUGUUUGAAGUGGGCUUACAGAAUGGAGAAAUAAGAACUAUCCGCCAAGUGACUGAUAAAGAUGCUGUGAAUCAAAAACUGACAGUCAUAGUGGAGGACAACGGACAGCCCUCUCGUUCAGCUACAGUCAUUGUUAACGUGGCGGUGGCGGACAGCUUCUCUGAAGUGAUGUCGGAGUUCACUGACUUUAAACAGGACAAGGAGUACAAUGACAACCUGACUUUUUACUUAGUGUUGGCUCUGGCUGUAGUUUCCUUCCUUUUCAUCACGUGUUUAGUGGUUAUUAUCUCAGUGAAAAUCUACAGAUGGAGACAGUCUCGUGUCCUGUAUCACUCCAAUCUCCCUGUGAUUCCAUAUUAUCCACCACGUUACUCAGACACUUUGGGUGGAACAGGGACUCUGCAACACGUGUACAAUUACGAGGUGUGCAGGACGACUGACUCCAGAAAGAGUGACUGUAAGUUCGGCAGAGCUGGUAGUCAGAACGUGCUGAUAAUGGACCCCAGUUCUACAGGGACGAUGCAGCGGAUACAGAGUGAAAAGAACAUCCUGGAUGAACCAGACUCUCCUCUAGAGGUUCGUCUCCUUGAAUGACACAAAAUGUUGCAUUACACUUUUGAUGGUACUUUUGAUUUUUGGCAGGUAUUUAUAUUUUGUGUUUAACACCAAUUUUCAAGGAUGUGUUGGGUUGUUAAAACAUAUGAAGUCGUAUGCAGGUUUUCUCCGUCAAAGGCAUGCUUGCGUUGCACAUUUCAGAAAAAAAAAAAAACCAUCCUCUCUAUCAGUGUGCUUUUUAAUAUUUUUUUACACGUGCUUAUUGUUUCCAUGUAUCCCGUAUGACUUAUUAACAAAUACUCAACCAGUCAACAAAUACAUUUUAUCAAAAUACCGGGUGGAGUGGAUUGCUUCAUGUUGUCUGCAUUACGGAUUGGUGAUCAUCGCUUAGUGACACGCAACUUGAGAGCUAUUGCCUUACUGAGAUUUGCUGUGCUUUUCACGUGAUUAUGUUUACAUAUUGUGGCUGAAUAAAGUCACUGAGUUGU